CUCUUUCCCCGGAAGGAAAGCGCAGCCCGGGCUGGGCUCGCAAGGUGGGGAGGUGCGGGACUGGGCGUGGGGAGGCGGGGCGCGCGCCGGGGGACCCCUCCCUCCUGUCCUCCUUGCGGUCGACCGGUGCGCUUGCCAGAUCCGCCGCGAAGCCGGGAUCGAAGGCGACAGCGCGGCCAAGGGGGCGCGGCCGGGACAAGCUGGGGGCCGGUUGCCCGGGGCAAGGACGGCGGCGACCCGGCCGCUGGGGAGGCAGGAAGAUAGACCCACGGAUCUUAGGAAGGGAUCCGAGAGCGCAGCUGUGAAACUGGCUGGGGCUGGGGGCACGAAACCGAUCAGCGCUACGGAGCGCAGCGGCCAGCGGGUUCCAGUGUCCUCCGGCGGCGCGGGGAGCAGGUGAACAGGUCCUCACGCCCAGCUCCGCGCCCUCACGCGCUCUCGCCGGGACCCCGCUUCCGCUCGCAGCCAUGGGCCCCGGCCCCAGCCGCGCGCCCCGCGCCCCACGCCUGAUGCUCUGUGCGCUCGCCUUGAUGGUGGCGGCCGGCGGCUGCGUCGUCUCCGCCUUCAACCUGGAUACCCGAUUCCUGGUAGUGAAGGAGGCCGGGAACCCAGGCAGCCUCUUCGGCUACUCGGUCGCCCUCCAUCGGCAGACAGAGCGGCAGCAGCGCUACCUGCUCCUGGCUGGUGCCCCCCGGGAGCUCGCUGUGCCCGAUGGCUACACCAACCGGACUGGUGCUGUGUACCUGUGCCCACUCACUGCCCACAAGGAUGACUGUGAGCGGAUGAACAUCACAGUGAAAAGUGACCCUGGCCAUCACAUUAUUGAGGACAUGUGGCUUGGAGUGACUGUGGCCAGCCAGGGCCCUGCAGGCAGAGUUCUGGUCUGUGCCCACCGCUACACCCAGGUGCUGUGGUCGGGGUCAGAAGACCAGCGGCGCAUGGUGGGCAAGUGCUACGUGCGAGGCAAUGACCUAGAGCUGGACUCCAGUGAUGACUGGCAGACCUACCACAAUGAGAUGUGCAACAGCAACACAGACUACCUGGAGACGGGCAUGUGCCAGCUGGGCACCAGCGGUGGCUUCACCCAGAACACUGUGUACUUCGGCGCCCCUGGUGCCUACAACUGGAAAGGAAACAGCUACAUGAUUCAGCGCAAGGAGUGGGACUUAUCUGAGUAUAGUUACAAGGACCCAGAGGACCAAGGAAACCUCUAUAUUGGGUACACGAUGCAGGUAGGCAGCUUCAUCCUGCACCCCAAAAACAUCACCAUUGUGACAGGUGCCCCACGGCACCGACAUAUGGGCGCGGUGUUCUUGAUGAGCCAGGAGGCAGGCGGAGACCUGCGGAGGAGGCAGGUGCUGGAGGGCUCGCAGGUGGGCGCCUAUUUUGGCAGCGCCAUUGCCCUGGCAGACCUGAACAACGAUGGGUGGCAGGACCUCCUGGUGGGCGCCCCCUACUACUUUGAGAGGAAAGAGGAAGUAGGGGGUGCCAUCUAUGUCUUCAUGAACCAGGCGGGAACCUCCUUCCCUGUUCACCCCUCGCUCCUUCUUCAUGGCCCCAGUGGCUCUGCCUUCGGUUUAUCUGUGGCCAGCAUUGGUGACAUCAACCAGGAUGGAUUUCAGGAUAUUGCCGUGGGAGCUCCGUUUGAAGGCUUGGGCAAAGUGUACAUCUAUCACAGUAGCUCUAAGGGGCUCCUCAGACAGCCCCAGCAGGUAAUCCAUGGAGAGAAGCUGGGACUGCCUGGCUUGGCCACCUUCGGCUAUUCCCUCAGUGGGCAGAUGGAUGUGGAUGAGAACUUCUACCCAGACCUUCUAGUGGGAAGCCUGUCAGACCACAUUGUGCUGCUGCGGGCCCGGCCCGUCAUCAACAUCGUCCACAAGACCUUGGUGGCCAGGCCAGCUGUGCUGGACCCUGCACUUUGCACAGCCACCUCUUGUGUGCAAGUGGAGCUGUGCUUUGCUUACAACCAGAGUGCCGGGAACCCCAACUACAGGCGAAACAUCACCCUGGCCUACACUCUGGAGGCUGACAGGGACCGCCGGCCGCCCCGGCUCCGCUUUGCCGGCAGUGAGUCCGCUGUCUUCCACGGCUUCUUCUCCAUGCCCGAGAUGCGCUGCCAGAAGCUGGAGCUGCUCCUGAUGGACAACCUCCGUGACAAACUCCGCCCCAUCAUCAUCUCCAUGAACUACUCUUUACCUUUGCGGAUGCCCGAUCGCCCCCGGCUGGGGCUGCGGUCCCUGGACGCCUACCCGAUCCUCAACCAGGCACAGGCUCUGGAGAACCACACUGAGGUCCAGUUCCAGAAGGAGUGCGGGCCUGACAACAAGUGUGAGAGCAACUUGCAGAUGCGGGCAGCCUUCGUGUCAGAGCAGCAGCAGAAGCUGAGCAGGCUCCAGUACAGCAGAGACGUCCGGAAAUUGCUCCUGAGCAUCAACGUGACGAACACCCGGACCUCGGAGCGCUCCGGGGAGGACGCCCACGAGGCGCUGCUCACCCUGGUGGUGCCUCCCGCCCUGCUGCUGUCCUCAGUGCGCCCCCCUGGGGCCUGCCAAGCUAAUGAGACCAUCUUUUGCGAGCUGGGGAACCCCUUCAAACGGAACCAGAGGAUGGAGCUGCUCAUCGCCUUUGAGGUCAUCGGGGUGACCCUGCACACAAGGGACCUUCAGGUGCAGCUGCAGCUCUCCACGUCGAGUCACCAGGACAACCUGUGGCCCAUGACCCUCACUCUGCUGGUGGACUAUACACUCCAGACCUCGCUUACCAUGGUAAAUCACCGGCUACAAAGCUUCUUUGGGGGGACAGUGAUGGGUGAGUCUGGCAUGAAAACUGUGGAGGAUGUAGGAAGCCCCCUCAAGUAUGAAUUCCAGGUGGGCCCAAUGGGGGAGGGGCUGGUGGGCCUGGGGACCCUGGUCCUAGGUCUGGAGUGGCCCUAUGAAGUCAGCAAUGGCAAGUGGCUGCUGUAUCCCACGGAGAUCACCGUCCAUGGCAAUGGGUCCUGGCCCUGCCGACCACCUGGAGACCUUAUCAACCCUCUCAACCUCACUCUUUCUGACCCUGGGGACAGGCCAUCAUCCCCACAGCGCAGGCGGCGACAGCUGGAUCCAGGGGGAGGCCAGGGCCCCCCACCUGUCACUCUGGCUGCUGCCAAAAAAGCCAAGUCUGAGACUGUGCUGACCUGUGCCACAGGGCGUGCCCACUGUGUGUGGCUAGAGUGCCCCAUCCCUGAUGCCCCCAUUGUCACCAACGUGACUGUGAAGGCACGAGUGUGGAACAGCACCUUCAUCGAGGAUUACAGAGACUUUGACCGAGUCCGGGUAAAUGGCUGGGCUACCCUAUUCCUCCGAACCAGCAUCCCCACCAUCAACAUGGAGAACAAGACCACGUGGUUCUCCGUGGACAUUGACUCGGAGCUGGUGGAGGAGCUGCCGGCCGAAAUCGAGCUGUGGCUGGUGCUGGUGGCCGUGGGUGCAGGGCUGCUGCUGCUGGGGCUGAUCAUCCUCCUGCUGUGGAAGUGCGGCUUCUUCAAGCGAGCCCGCACUCGCGCCCUGUAUGAAGCUAAGAGGCAGAAGGCGGAGAUGAAGAGCCAGCCGUCAGAGACAGAGAGGCUGACCGACGACUACUGAGGGGGCAGCCCCCCGCCCCCGGCCCACCUGGUGUGACUUCUUUAAGCGGACCCACUAUUAUCAGAUCAUGCCCAAGUACCAUGCAGUGCGGAUCCGGGAGGAGGAGCGCUACCCACCUCCAGGGAGCACCCUGCCCACCAAGAAGCACUGGGUGACCAGCUGGCAGACUCGGGACCAAUACUACUGACGUCCUCCCUGAUCCCACCCCCUCCUCCCCCAGUGUCCCCUUUCUUCCUAUUUAUCAUAAGUUAUGCCUCUGACAGUCCACAGGGGCCACCACCUUUGGCUAGUAGCAGCAGGCUCAGGCACAUACACCUCGUCAAGAGCAUGCACAUGCUGUCUGGCCCUGGGGAUCUUCCCACAGGAGGGCCAGCGCUGUGGACCUUACAACGCCGAGUGCACUGCGGUCCUGUGCCCUAGAUGCACGUGGGGCCCACUGCUCGUGGACUGUGCUGGUGCAUCACGGAUGGUGCAUGGGCUCGCCGUGUCUCAGCCUCUGCCAGCACCAAAACAAGCCAAAGAGCCUCCCACCAGAGCCGGGAGGAAAAGGCCCCUGCAAUGUGGUGACACCUCCCCCUUUCACACUGGAUCCAUCUUGAGCCACAGUCGCUGGAUUGACUUUGCUGUCAAAACUACUGACAGGGAGCAGCCCCCGGGCCGCUGGCUGUUGGGCCCCCAAUGACACCCAUGCCAGAGAGGUGGGGGUCCUGCCUAAGGUUGUCUACGGGGGCACUUGGAGGACCUGGCGUGCUCAGACCCAACAGCAAAGGAACUAGAAAGAAGGACCCAGAACGGCUUUCUUUCCUGCAUCUCUGUGAAGCCUCUCUCCUUGGCCACAGACUGAACUCGCAGGGAGUGCAGCAGGAAGGAACAAAGAUAGGCAAACGGCAACGUAGCCUGGGCUCACUGUGCUGGGGCACGGCGGGAUCCUCCACAGAGAGGAGGGGACCAAUUCUGGACAGACAGAUGUUGGGAGGAUACAGAGGAGAUGCCACUUCUCACUCACCACUACCAGCCAGCCUCAGAAGGCCCCAGAGAGACCCUGCAAGACCACGGAGGGAGCGACACUUGAAUGUAGAAUAGGCAGGGGGCCCUGCCCCGCCCCAUCCAGCCAGACCCCACGCUGACCAUGCGUCAGGGGCCUAGUGGAGUUCUUAGCUAUCCUUGGCUUUCAGAGCCAGCCUGGCUCUGCCCUCUCCCCCAUGGGCUGUGUCCUAAGGCCCAUUUGAGAAGCUGAGGCUAGUUCCAGAAAACCUCUCCUGACCCCUGCCAGUUGGCAGGCCCACUCCCCAGCCCCAGCCCCUUCCAUGGUACUGUAGCAGGGGAAUUCCCUCCCCCUCCUCGUGCCUUCUUUGUAUAUAGGCUUCUCACGGCGACCAAUAAACAGCUCCCAGUUUGUA